CCCACACCCUAAUUUGAUCAGUUUUACAAGGAGUAUAUGGCAUGGGUUCCGCUAGUUAUGAAUGAUAACGAUGAAAUGUUUCCAAUGCAGGAUGGAAAUGUCGCUGUGAGGUUGGUGUGAGGCGCGUUCUGUGAGAUGGAAUGAUAAUCACAAAUCGCCCAUUUCAGGGGAUCGCCACUCCCGAUCCACCCCCGGGAAUUAGGAAAAGGACACAACCUUCCCCCUCUCAAACCCUUCUCUAUACUUAAUUCCAAGCUUCGAACCCUCCCUCCAUCUCUCUUCUCUCCCUCCUUCGGCGGCUGAACUCUGAACAAUCGAACUGAGCUGAAAUUCUGGCCAGUUGACCAGGCCACCAGGGCACCAUUUUCAAGUGCGGUCUCAUCCCUGCAAAUAAUAACAUUAGCAGUAAUCAAGGGAUAAAGAAAUGGCAAUGAGCUGCAUGAAAUCAUUUAGAAGCUUCAUCAUCAGUAAGGAAGCGUUUAGGGUCGUUAACUGCAGAACAUUUUCAGCAGCUGGUGGUAAGGCAAAGAAAGGUUCAAAAGGUGGUGCUGGCGACGCUCCAAAAGCAUCUAUACUGAGCAAAGAAAUGAAAUCCACUACUGUGGUCGGUGCUAAUAUCCUUAAGGAUGGUGCAGAUCCCAAGAUCCUGCCAGACUCUGAGUACCCAGAUUGGCUGUGGCACCUGCUCGACAAGAAGCCUGCAUUGAGUGAACUUAGAAGGAAAAACAUAGAAACUCUUCCAUACGAUGAACUCAAGCGCUUUGUUAAGCUGGAUAACCGAGCUAGGAUUAAGGAAAAUAAUGUUAUCAGGGCCAAGAAUUGAUUUGUUUAUCCUCUAGUAAAUACCUUCAAGCUAUUGAUACGUGUUCAAUGAAACUGAAGUUGUUUUCAUGAUUGGAAAUUUGUCAGUGAAACUGAAGCUGUUUUCAUGGUUGGACAUUUGGAAUUUGGAACUGGAGGCAGUUUACUAGUUCUUAUAACUGGAAGUUAAUUAUUUGUUGCUGGAGAAAACCGUGUAAAUUUCAGUUUUCAGUCCCUUAGGCUGCUUUUGCUUUCGGUGUAAACUUCAUUGAUGGAGUUCAAUGCCGAUGGGUUUAAAUUAGUGAAUCGUUGGAGUGUGAUAAUCGAUGUAAAACUCGACCAUGAAACAAACGUAUGAAAUACAGACCGGGAGUGGAGUUUUACAUUGGUCUGUAUUUAAAUUUUA